AUGCCUGACGAACCAUCCACUUCGGAUUCGCGGCCAAGCGCGGCGGAUGAACUCGACGAGAAGAAGAGUCCAAGUCAACCUCCUCCGGCUGAGAACCCAUGGGCGACCAGGCCCAACGGAGGCCUUCGCGCUUGGCUUCAGGUCGCGGGUUCAUUUUUCCUGGCCUUCAAUACCUGGGGAAUGAUCAACACGUUUGGCGUCUACCAGACAUACUAUGAAUCCGGGCAGCUGUUCAAGACCUCCUCGUCGAAUAUCUCCUGGAUUGGCUCGAUUCAGGCGUUUCUUCUUCUCCUGGUGGGCGCUCUGGCGGGCCCCAUCUAUGAUGCAGGCUACUUCCGCCCGCUUCUCUUUGUAGGCACAUUCCUUGUUGUCUUCGGCCAGAUGAUGACCUCGCUGGUUCACGAAUUCUGGCAGGCACUACUGGCGCAGGGCUUCUGUAUUGGUAUCGGGGCUGGCUGUCUGUUUGUCCCAUCUGUUGCCAUUCUUCCCACCUAUUUCACGUCGAAAAUGCCUCUUGCUGUCGGUAUCGCCGCAUCAGGUAGCAGUCUUGGUGGUUUAGUUUACCCGAUCGCCUUCCAACGGCUUCUACAACAGAUUGGAUUCGGGUGGGCCACGCGAGUGCUGGGCUUCUUGUUCUUAGCUACUCUGAUGAUCCCGAUCGCCCUCAUGAGAGUGCGUAUCUUGCCUCCCAAGAAGCGGGAACUAUGGGACUGGCAGGCAUUUAAGGAGCCCCAGUUUGUGAUCUUUGCCGUCUCGCUACUCAUUGGAUUCAUGGGUCUCUACGUGCCCUUCUUCUACAUCCAAUUCUUUGCUGAAACCCGGAAUAUUACGGAGGGUGAUCUGGCGUUCUACCUGCUGGCCAUUCUGAAUGCGGGCUCGGUGUUUGGUCGAAUCCUGCCCAACUUCGUGGCCGGUUAUCUGGGGCCUAUGAACAUGCUGGUGUUCUGCGUGACCAUCACGGCCAUUCUCAUCUGGACGUUGUUGUCCGUGCAUACGCUCGGCGGAGUGGUGGUCUUCUGCCUGAUCUUCGGAUUUUUCUCCGGCACCUUCGUUUCUCUGCCCCCGACGGUAUUUGUGUCGCUGACGAAGAACCAUGCUAUGAUCGGAACCCGCAUGGGCAUGGGCUUCUCCAUCAUCUCCCUGGGCGCGUUGGCCGGUACCCCUAUCGCCGGUGCGAUCCUUGGCGACCACGGAUUUGGUGCGGUGUGGAACUUUUCGGCGGCGAUGGUGAUUGCGUCCGGGGUGGGUGUGACGAUCGCGCGCUUCUUCGAGAACAAGGAUCCGAAGGCCAAGGUUUAG